UGUAUCAUUGUUCCUUCUCUCUUUUACCUCCUUUGCCAUCAUCUCACACUGCAGCUGUGUAUCGUACUUCUGAUGCUUCAAUCAUUUUUUAACCCUCUAUAAUUAAAAGAAACUUUUACAAAUUUACCCUAAAACAAAACGUGUGUUUUAUUAAAAAAGUGAAUGUGAAUUUUCCAAGUUGGGCGUAGUGAACGUUACUUUUAAAUUUUGUAAAUAAAGAACGGAAGUUGCUACUUAGAUUAUGAAGCGUCACUUUUCCCGCGUUUCAACUUUCUACUACUAGGCCGUGUACCAGACGCCAUUGAAUUCUCGACUCCUUAUCUCACCAGCGAUUGCGAGUUGAUGGUAAUCGAAUUACAACUUUGGUGUGAUGAACAGAAACCCAAAACGUAGAAGAUCUUCGGACAGUGAUGAGGAAGACAAUAGUUUCGAACAAAAUGAAAAGAAAGUAAAACACGAGGAAGUAGAUACCGAAUGGAACGACAAAGUUAUCAGCGAAUUAAGCAGCCCAGUACGCGAAUACGAAGCAGACAGAGAAGACGAACCAUCCUCAAAGGUGUUCCACUCCGAUCAGAGCGAAUGUAUGUGCGACGAUUGCGCCACGUUAGCCGAAGAUGACCAGUGUAAAGACGCAGCUAGCGAAACAGAACCCGAUCUUCAUGCUUUCGAGUACGAAGACGAAGGCAAAGAUUUCGAUACAAUUAUUCUAAGCCCUAAUAGUAAUGCUGGGUAUUCAUCUUGCGAUGAAAGGGUACUCGGAUCGGAACUCAGUCGAGCCGAAGCUGAAAGCUUGAUAGCUUCAGAUUACGAAGACGACGAUUUAUCAGACGCUAAAGAUGAACCCGAAGACAAACCGCGUAAAAGCGGCGAUGCUAUUUCAUUUAUGGGGCAGCUGACACCCGGCUCUUCUGUUAGUAAAAUUCGAUCUCGUACUCCAGACUGCCCAACAUGGACUAGUUUUCGUAAAAUGACCAUUUGCAACGCACUCUGCCCCGAUGAAUCGACCUGCCCGGUACCACAGCUGUCUUGGGCGAACCGAGAGAAAUUCUGGGAAGUUAUGUGUCGCAAAGAUGAACUAUCGUUGAAGACUAGAAACGCCGAUUUGUUCGAUUACCAGCAAUUUCUGCGGCCUAGGAUGAGGGUUAUACUUUUAGACUGGAUUUCCGAAGUUGCCGAAGUAUUUAAAUUGCACAGAGAAACGUAUUACUUGACGGUAGACUACAUCGAUAGGUACUUGACCAAUGUACCAAAUAUACCAAAACAACAUCUUCAACUUAUAGGAAUCACGUGUUUGGUGUUAGCCUCAAAAAUGGAGGAAAUCUAUCCUCCGAAAAUAGAUCAAUUCGCCAACGUAACCGACGGUGCUUGUACCGAAGAGGAAAUUUUCUCUAUGGAAGUGACAAUUUUAAAAAAUUUAGGUUGGUUACUGUCGCCGAUCACUAUAAACAACUGGUUAGAAAUGAUGCUGCAAUUUAUCUAUCAGAAAUUAGGAAAUCGAAAUAAGAAUAUUUUAGUGCCUCAUUUUUCUAGUACAUUGUUUAAAAGACUUUGCCAAUUGUUAGAUUUAGUUACGUUAGAUAUUACCAGUCUCCGUUUUUCGUAUGGGGUCUUAGCAGCUUCUGCUAUAUACAUUCUAGUCGAUCCGAAUUUAGCCGUUUCUUCGUCUGGUCUAAAGAAGGAAAUUUUAGAACCUUGUGUGCAAUGGAUGUCUGUCUACUGGGCUAUUCUUCAAGAGACGUAUACUCCCGAGAUGGUUAAUGUUAGAGAAUUAAUACACGAUUGCAAAGAGACUUAUUUCGGUGACCAACAUCCCGAAUUACAAACGCAUAAUAUUAGUAUGAGUUUAUACGAUUUAGCUCAAACCCAGUUCGAUUUAUUGGCUCAGAAAGAGAGUAUGAAAUCGGAAAACAAUGCGCAGAUUUUGACGCCUCCUCCAUCGUCGUCGAAAUCCAUCGCUAAUCCGAGCGAUACUCCGUGUUAAUUUUACUAAUUUCGAGUUGUGUAUCUGUUAUUGUAAUUUGUUUAGUAAUGGAUGUUGAUUUUGAUGGAACGAAGAAUUUAUAGAAAUUUACCUCAUCGUUAUAAGCUGUCGAAUGAAAUUGAUUUCAAAAAUUGAACUGUGAAACAUGUACCCAAACUUAAUACUAAUUACGCUUACGAUUGUUUUUUGUUUUUUUUUUUUUUUGGUUCAAAUUUCUGAUCGAUGAAACAUGCCACUAUUGGUCUCAAAUGUAAUGUACAAACGGUUAAUUAAUUACUCGUGUUCAAUUUUUAGUUUUACUCUUUUAAAAUUUUCUUACGAAUUACCUCGAUUGGUCUCAAAUGUAUAUCAAAUUAUUGUUCAUUUUAUGGAAAUUUUUAAUAAUUUAUCGAUCGUAUAUCGUCACGCUCUUCCGAUCACAAUGUUUUAUAUGUUACUUACGAAAACACUAGUUAAGCAUUAGGAGUUGAUUUUAUUUCAUAGGAAUUGUUACGUUUACAUUUGUUAAUGAUGUACAUAGUAUAUAGACGAUAGAAUAAAACAUGUUUCCUCUCGUAUUCUGAAUUUUCUACAGAUUCAAACAGUGAUAGUGAUUUAUCCUAAGUUUGUAAUUCUCUCUAGUUUUGUUUUCCUUGUUUUGUAGUAAUGUACUUCGUAUAUCUGUGUCCAGGUGUUCGCGAAAACUGUUAUUAGAUAUUUGACAGUGUAUUUUACGCUUACGUAGUAACUUAUUCCAAUAUUAUAUUCGUACCUCGAA